AUGUCAAUAUCGAAAUAAUUUCACCUUUAAUUCUCGCAAUCACCAAGAUCUAUCAAUAAAACUUCUUUAAAAUACGAUCUCGCCUUGCUUGGUUAGAGUGAAAGAUUGAUAAAGUAGCCUCAAAUUGCGCCUUAGAAACGUCAAAGAAGCAUAAUAAAACAGCAAUUAUUCCUUAAAACUUAAAUCUCAAAUUCAUCAUUAAACAAGUCAAACGAAGACUUUCUAUUAAAGAAACAAAGCUAGAAUUAAACUUCCUUUUAAGAAUAGCUUAUAAUGAAAGAUUUGAUUAUAUAGGAGUACGAAAAAAAAUAUAGGGAUCAGAUUGGUGUUUGUUAACAACUGAGUUGCCAGGUUGAAUAAUAGAAGGAGUUGAUUGAUUAAUUGCAAUUGCAAAUCAAUCAUCUGAAACUCUACAUUUUGGACCUGAAAAAAUAGGUUGAAAACAGUGUUUUACAUCAGCAAUGCAAUCAAAAGCAGCAGGAAUACAAAGAUUAAUUAAGGAGGUUUGAUGAAAUUCUCAGAUAAACUAUGGAUUAAAACUAUGCAACUCAAUAAAGGAUUAAAGAUUUCGAACUAAAGUCCUAAAAACUAAAAUAGUAAUCAAAUGAUUUAAAAUACCAUAUCAUAUGUAGGAAUUGCAAUGCUCAAAUCAAGAAUGCCGUUACCUUGAUUCCCUGUGCACAUACGUUUUGCAACAGAUGCAUUAGUAACUUUAAGGGACAGUGUUUUGUCUGUUUAGAUUAGAGCAAAGUCACUGCCACAUACGCCAAUGAUUACAUAACAGAUUUGGCUUAAAUAUACUAAACUUUAGAAUCUCUAAUCGGUGUAAUAUAAUGA